AUGGCGGCGGCGAAAACUGAGUCUGUACAGUGCUUCGGCAGGAAGAAGACGGCCGUGGCCGUCACCCACUGCAAGAGGGGGCGCGGAUUGAUAAAGAUCAAUGGCGUCCCAAUCGAGCUGGUCCAGCCAGAGAUCCUCCGUUACAAGGCGUUCGAGCCUAUCCUCCUCCUAGGCCGCCACCGCUUCGCCGGAGUGGACAUGCGCAUCCGCGUCAAGGGCGGUGGUCACACCUCCCAGAUCUAUGCCAUCCGUCAGUCAAUUGCAAAGGCCCUAGUCGCCUUCUACCAGAAAUACGUCGAUGAGCAGUCGAAGAAGGAGAUUAAGGACAUCCUUGUUCCAGAAAUCCUACCGUUGAAAUCUCGGUUGCUUCUUUACACCUCUCUAGGUCUUACGGAAGCUGUAUCUCCUCUUUCCCAAACCCAAACUAGCAUCAUAGUUGCUGAGAACCCUAACCUUAAAAAUUUUGCUGCUCAGUCGAUGUUCGAAGAGGCUGCUUGCACGACUCCCCAUUGCACGUUGGAGUAUUUUAUGAUGUUGUCCAUUGAAAUAGGCAAACGUAUCAACUGA